AUGGCAGAAUAUUCUUCUACUUUGCUACGCAUAUUAGCCAACAUUGCUUACGUUCUAUUUAAUUCAUAUAUUUAAAAUUGUUGGAAUUUGUUUUAUAACAAUGAUUUUGUUGAAACAUAUACCGCGUGAUGUUUUUGACAUUUUGCAAAAUUGUUCAUGACACAUGUAUUUGGAUUUGACUGUAUCACCUUGUGUAAAUCCUGAAUAAUGAUAAUAUAUUGCUGCAGAAUUUUCUAAAACUUAAUAACAUUCUUCUUUUGAAAAAUAAGAUCCAGAAUGUCUAAACCUGCUGUAGAAAAUACAAUGGCAUCUAACUUUAAUCAAAUGGAUGAUUCAAUCAUAAGUCUUCAAGAAAAUUCUCACCAGCUCUUUAGAACUUCUAAUCUUAAACACGAUUUUAAUAUUGAAUUAAACAAAGCAUACAAUUUAAAUGAACAUAAUGAGCUUACUGGUACAUCUGAUGGAAUUAAAACACCAUUCAAUAAAUUUAUGUUUGAUUAUGAAAAUCCAGAAAAAAAUACUACUAGAAAGUUAUCUGAGAUAGAAAACUUAGACCACUUGGAAUCAGACGAAAGCUUGGGCAUUCUUCCAGAUUUGUUAAAUGAUGAGGCGACUUUUGAUGUAUUUAGAACAGAUUUGGAUUUUUCUGAGGGUGAUAUUAAUGAUGGGAUUAGUCUUGAAACAAACAAGAGUCCAGCACCAUUGGUAUUUUCUCCACCAGUUGAUAACCAGUUUAAUAGAAUAAGUUUAUAUUUGAAAAAUAUUAGCACGCCUUUGCCAAAUUUUGGUAAUGAACGUAGAUGUAGCAGUACCCCUAAAAUUUCAGUUACAAGUCAAUUUGUUGCAAAUACAACUGAUAGUAUUGAAGAUAAUUCAUCGUUGCAUCUUUCUGAUGAGAAAGACGAAGCGAUUAUAGCUGGAUCGUGCCGCAUUAAAUUUGAAACUGAUUUCAAUUUGGAUGAUCUUAAAAAUGUGAAGCCUUUGACUUCAACUAAUAAAGCAUUCUCUCCUCCUCGGCUAUCAUUGAUUUUAAAUGAACUGAAUGAAGAAACUGGUUUGAAAUCUGAAGUAAGCUUUCAGAAACAAUCGGAAACAAUUGAAAAUAAUUUAAAUGUUGUGCAAACUCUUUCGGAUAAUGUUGUUGAAGAGUUACUUCCUUGUGAAUAUGAAAAAAAUAUCCAAAAUUUAAAAGUUUUAAAUGACACAUUUCAAGUCAAGCAAUCUGUUUUAAUAGAUUCUGUUGAUGCGUUUUUAUCGCCCAAAGAUUGCACUCGUAACACCUUGGAGGUCGGCCUAGCAAAAUCUAACAAUUAUGAAGCAAAAGGAAAUGUUAAGACACUUGAUUCUACAUUUGCAAUACCUGCAGAUAAAUUUAAUUGCAAAGUGGAUUGUGAAAAGACAUUUGUUAUUGAUUUUAAUUCAACCAUAGGAACAGAGGUAUCUCCCAAGUCCAUUUAUACAGAUAGGAUACUUAAUGAAACUCAUGUGCUUGGAAUGGAUUAUAUGGAGUUUUCUUCAAAGAAACAGGAUCAGAUUGCUAAUGUAACUUUUACUAAAGAUUUAGAUGAUACCAAAAGCAAUAUUGAAAAUCAUUGUUAUAGCUUUCAUGGUGCAACAUUCAAACCACUUAACCCAAUUUUGGAAGAAACUUUUUCUAAAAGUGAUUUAAGUGAAAUGAAAGAUCUUAGCAAAAAUGUUUCUCAGUGUAUUAAUAGAAAUCAAUUAACUUCUCCUGACACAUUCAAUAUGAAGGGAGAUGCAACUUAUUCUGAAAAUGUUGAUAAAUUUCUUCUUGAGAUGAAUGGAACUCGAAAUAUCAGUUCAAAUAGAAGUUAUCAAAUAGAAAUUGCAUCACCAAAUUCUCCAAAAUCACCUAGAAGUAAUAUUUAUGAACAGGAAGGAGAAAAUAUUUCCCACGAGCAAAUUAAUCUUACUGAAAAUGAAAACAAUCCUUCUAAUAAAAUUUUACUUUCUGCUGCAUUGGAAUCAAUAAUUCCAAAAGAGGAUUGUUCUUUUGAAAUAUUGACGAAGUCAUCUAACCCAUGUAUAAAUACUACAUUUACAGAAAAAGCUGAUGGAGCUCAGAAUGAUAUAAAUUUGAUUUCAAUUGAAAGUAAUAGAGUUCAAGCAUCUCAAAAUUCAUUGAAAGAAAUUUCAAAUGCUACUUUUUCUGAAGAAAUUUGUGAAGCUCAAAUUAAACUGAAUUCCAUUCCAACUGAAAAGGAUAAUUAUCAAGCAUCUCCAAAAGAAAAAACAUAUGACAUUUUUUCCGAAUUGGCUGAUAAAAAUGCAAAUGUUCAGCAUGAGAAACAGUUAAGUCAGUGUGAUAGAGAUUCUUUUGGGGGAAUAACAUCUUCAAAUCUAAAAAAAAUUGAUUCAAAUAACACUGUUUCUAAAAAGGAUACUGAUAAAUCCAAUUCUCUAAAAAAUUGCUCCGUGGAGUCUAAAACUAUUCGGAAAAGUAGAUUGAUAAAGCCUACCAAAACUACUUUUUCGAGUAAGGUUCCUGAGCAAUUGAAUAACCAUUUAUCUGUUCCUAAAUCCCUUAAUGAAUCUCUUAAUGAUAAAAGGUCCAUUACUUUUGACUUUAACAAAAGAUUAAGCUUAUUUUGCUCAUCUGCAAAUGAUAAUAAAUCUAAAUAUAAGACUGAUUUUAAAAAACCUUUUGAAGUCCCUUCAAAGGUAAGCAUUAAAAGGCCAGAGUCAAAUUUAAAAAAUUCCAGGUUGAACUUAAAAUGUUCAAAUGGACAUUUAAAAAAUGUUAGCACAGUAAAUGAAAAGCAAAAUUUGAUUACUCAGCCCAAUUUAAAUUCUGAUAACAAUUCCAGGAUUAAAUCUGCUACAGUUGCCUCUGGUAGUCGACCAGUUUCUUCAAGGUUAAGUCUUCCUGAAAAAUUACCAAUGAAGUCUGUUAAAACAAAGGGAUGUGAAUUAAAUACAACAGUUACCUUUACUACUGAAAAUAAUUCUAAUAAAGUUAUUUCUUGCCCAAAGAUCUUGGAUUUUCCAAAAAAAGAAAAAUUAUCUGAAAUUGGAAGGAAUAAUGCUAAUACUGGAAAAAAAAUUUCAAGGCACUCAAUUGCUACAAAUUUACCUAGAAAAUUCCCACCAUUUAAUAAUCACAAUAAUAUUUUAAAUUCAAAGGCUGCAGUAAUUAAACAAAAGAGUGCACCAGAAUCUAAUUCCUGUAAGCCUGAUUCAAAGAAAGUUCCAACCAAUUCGAAACUUGUUAGUUCUAUUACAAAACUUAAAUUUUCUUCCUUACCUAAGGUGCAAACAUGUACAAAAACAUCAUCUGUUGAAAAUGAGAGCAAAAAUGCAAUUAACAAAAGUGUAACAUCUAAUAGUCAAAAAAGCAAUGGUCAUCUGAAAAAACCUUGUGUACUUGAACACAAAGCAGUACAGUUUGUGAAAAGCCAAAUAAGUACAGAUUAUGUGAAGCAGAAAGAUAAUACAAGGGAAAUUGCUGCUCCAAAUUUUUCUAUGUUCCCUCCAAGUGAGCAGGCCGCACAGUUAUUAAAUCCUUUAAAUGGUAAUAAAUCUAAUGGCCAAUGCAAUUUUCGACCUAUGCCUAAAAUUACAAAAGGCAGCAUUAGAAGUAUGAACUCUAAAGAUGUCCAUAUUGUUCAGCAAUCUGACCUUCAAAAUCAAGUUUCCCAGCACACUGCAGGAAAAAUACCACAAAUGCGAAGGAUUCCAGCUCCACGUUAUAAUAAUUGAUAUUGCCUUUCAUUUAUGCACAUGUAAAUAUUUAGUGCCAUAAAUAAUAUAUAUUUAUAAAUGUAAUUUAUAUAUUUUAAUAUUUUCUAAAUUAAUCAUUUUCAAUGAAUUACUAUUUUAUUUGUAGAAUGAAGAGCUUUUAUUUGUAUUAUAUUUUAUUUUAAGCUGUAUCCUAGUAUUGCAAAUGAAUUGUCACAAAGUUUAUAGAAUAUAUAUUUAUACUAACAAAGUUGUA